AUGAAGUUCUUGCUCAUCACCGCAUUGGUGGCUUCGGCACUCUCUGGAUCUUUUGGUGAGUCUCCUCUACCCAAUCCAUACCGCGACCAACCUCAACUCGUUCACGUGCCACACGGAACUGUCUGCUUCCGCACUGCUUUGUACAACUUCCAACAAUUGUCUCGUCACGAUCAACAAACCAUCUGCAACACCUUGACAACAACCAACCGAGUCCUUGUUGAUCCUCCAUACGUUCUUCCACCACAACAAAGAAUCCUCGUCGAUCCUCCGUAUGUCGUUCAACCUCCCGUUGUUCAGCCACCCGUUGUUCAACCUCCCGUUGUUCAACCACCACCAGUUGUUCAACCCACGCAACCUCCACCAACAACGACAACACCCGCUCCCAAACACACCGCUGGAAAAUACCUUGGUUGCUUCAAAGACACCUGGGAACGCAGCUUGAAGAAACCAAUUCUCUUGGGCGACGGAACUUCCGUUGAAAAUUGUAUCGCUGCUUGUCGCAAGGAAGGCUUUGUCUACGCUGGCGCUGAGAACGGCAACGAAUGCUUCUGCGGAAAUGACUAUCCCGAUCCAACGAAAUGGCCCAAAUUGGACGAAAAGGUCUCAUGUAACGUUGACUGCCGCGCCGACAAGAAGGUCAAAUGCGGUGGUUACUGGACGAGCUCAAUUUAUGAGACUGGAGUUGAAAUAACUAGACGUGAAUCAUAA